UGGUGGGUGGCGCCAGCAGCGCAGCUACUACUCGUAAACGCCUAUUUGAGCCAAAGCGGAAAGGCCAUUGUGCGAAGGCCCUCUGAUAUCUCUGCAUCGCACCGCCUCUCUCGGCGGCCACGAGCAGGGCUAGGGGAUCGGGUGGGCGGGCACCUGGUCGGCCAUUUCUGAAUUGGAGCCGAAUGGACAUUGCACGGCUACUGGCGCCUGUACAGGCCGACGCACACGUCACCGAGCGCACCGGUGUGUGGCUGCCUGAAGAGGAAGGCUACAUGCUGGCGCUCAUCGAGUGCUUCCUGCGCGGUCUUCUCUCGACCGUCGAGGCCGGCACGUCGCUACGCAGCUACAUCGCCAGCCAGCUCCAGUGCGCACCCAUGCGCGUCUCUAAGAAGAUUGCAGCGUUGCCGUACGCCAACUUUCGCAACAUUGGCCGCAGCCACUUUGAGCCGCGGGCGGUCACGGACGCCGACGUCGAGACGCUGCAGCAACUGUUGCAUGCCGAGACGCUCUUCAAGCGGGCCGUUGAGCCGCUCAAGACGCGGCACGCGGCGCCGUCCGUCGGUGAAAAGGCGACUGCUACGUGCGAGACGCGUGGCUUCUGGUUCCACUACGAGCAGCUGUACGCCGCCAAGCUCAUCGAGUACUUUGUGCAAGGCGCGCUGGCACUGCCGACCGGCACGACGCUGCGCGGGUUCCUCGCCGAGAUGCUUUGCUGCAGCCCGAUGCGCGUAUCGAAGAAGCUCGCGACGGGCUCGAUCGCCGGUCGACCGAUCCCGCGCCGGCUUGGCACGGCGGUGUUUGUGCCCCGACACGCGCUGUCCCGCGACGUGACAUCGUCGAUUGACGCCGAGCUGGCGCAACUGCGUAAAGACUGCUUUGCCCACAAGACACAGCACCGUCGCUAUAGCGCCUAGUCCCUGUCUCGCUGUGUGUAGUACGUCGUAGAGUUAGUCGUUUUGAAACUUUGAUGUGAAUGAAUGGUUGUUGCUCA